UUGAAAACAGUUGAGCAGCCUGGAGAUCUCCACACCACCGCAUGUCUCUGCAACAACUGGCGAGUGAAGCCAAACCGCAUUUACUCCCAAACUUUCACGCGCACAGAGAACAAAAACAACAAAACAAAACACGGAGCUUGAGCGCUUCGCGUUAGUUUGCCGAAGAGCGCACAAACACGCACGUCAUGGGAGAAGAUGGAUUGUAAGAAAAAGUUGAACUCGACUUGCGCCCCCCACCGAAGCGAACUUUGAGCGGCUCCCAAAAACUUCCGUCCGCGACCCGGUUCAUGGAGUGCGGAGAGGCUCGUCUGCACGUUGCGCUCCCCCCCGCGGUGCCUGCCCGCUCCUAGUCUACGGGAAUCCCGCUCCAGGGCAAAGUUUUCCUCGGACCGAAUCAAAGAGCCUCGGGCGCUUGGGAAGUGAGAGCAGACGCGGCGGAAAGGUUGUGACGGAGAUCGGAGAGCAGGAUGGAGACUUCAGCUCCAACAGCCACUGAGAAGAAGGAGUGUAAGGGUUCAGGCCUCGAUGGGAGCAGCUUCUCAGAAAUCCCAAAGAAGCCGUCGCCCACCACUCUGACCAGAGGUCCCCACCACCUCUUCCCCACGUUUCACACGCCCAUACCCAUCGACAUGAGACACCACGAAGGGCGAUACCAUUACGAGCCACACCCACUCCACGCCAUGCAUGGACCUCCAGGAUUGACGGGCAGUCCAGUCAUCUCAGACAUUUCCCUGAUCCGUCUAUCUCCCCACGUGGCGCCCGGGGCGGGCGAGUCCCCGUUCAGCCCCCCACAUCAUUACGUCAGCCCCCACAUGGAGCACUACCUUCGCUCGGUACACGGGAGCCCCACCCUCUCCAUGAUCUCAGCGGCCCGGGGACUGAGCCCUGCUGAAGUGACCCACGAACACCUGAAAGAACGCGCCCUUUUUAAUCUCCCUCCUCCGCCACCAGGGGCCAACCCCACAGACUACUACCACCUGAUGGCCAGUGCCAGCCAGCGAAGCCCCUACGGAGACCUGCUCAUACAGAGCAGUGCGGCAGCGGCAGCGGCGGCUGCUGCCGCUGCUCAUCUGCCAGAAUACAUUAGCCCCAUGGACGUUUCACGUUUCUCCAGCCCCCGGCUGACGCCCCGACUGAGCAGGAAGAGAGCGCUGUCCAUCUCCCCGUUGUCAGACGCAAGCAUUGACCUGCAGACCAUGAUCCGCACCUCACCCAACUCCCUGGUGGCCUACAUCAACAACUCACGCUCCAGCUCGGCCGCCAGCAGCUCGUACGGCCACCUUUCAGUCGGCGGGAUCAGUCCGUCGUUCAGCUUCCCUCAUCCCAUCAACCCUGUGGCGUACCAGCAGCUGCUGUCUCAUCAGAGAAGUCUCAACGCCUUUGGCCACACACCUCCUCUCAUUCAACCAUCGCCUUCCUCUUUCUCCGCUCGCCAACACCCUCUCACUGCUUCACCUAUGACCACCUCCCACAACAGCGCCAACUCUGAAGCAAACCAGAAUGCCAGUGGAGACCCAGCAGUGAGUAGCACAGUGAACCCAUUGAGCACCAAGAGGUCGAAGGUUAAGACAGAGGCAGAGGGUCCACUACCUAUCUCACCAUCUUCUCAGGACCACUGUGGGGGGAUCUUGGACCUGAGUGAGGAUCUGGAUAAAGAUGAGUGCAAACAGGAGCCUGAGGCCAUAUACGAAACCAACUGUCACUGGGAGGGCUGUACCAAGGAGUAUGACACCCAGGACCAGCUUGUUCAUCACAUCAACAAUGAUCACAUCCACGGGGAGAAGAAGGAGUUUGUGUGCCGCUGGGACGAGUGUUCACGGGAGCAGAAGCCCUUCAAGGCUCAGUACAUGCUGGUGGUCCACAUGAGGCGUCACACAGGGGAGAAGCCGCAUAAAUGCACCUUUGAGGGCUGCGCCAAAGCUUACUCCCGCCUGGAGAACCUUAAGACCCACCUCAGGUCUCACACGGGGGAGAAGCCGUAUGUGUGUGAACACGAAGGAUGCAACAAGGCCUUCUCCAACGCCUCAGACCGGGCCAAGCACCAGAACCGCACGCACUCUAAUGAGAAACCAUAUGUGUGUAAGAUCCCGGGCUGUACCAAGCGCUACACGGACCCCAGCUCUCUCAGGAAGCAUGUUAAGACAGUCCACGGACCCGAUGCCCACGUCACCAAGAAACAACGAAGCGAUGCACCUCCGAGACCACAGCCGCCCAGAGGCGAGGGGGAGAACGGGGCCAAUUCCAAGAUGGGGGCAAGAGUUUCAGACGGCAGGGUUGAGCCAAACAGCACCUCUAGAGGAGUGGAAGACUGCCUACAAGUCAAAUCCAUCAAGACUGAGAACUCUAUGACGUAUCAGUCCAGUCCUGGUGGCCACUCGUCAUGUAGCAGUGAGCCGUCGCCGCUCAGCAGCGCCAACAACAACGACAGUGGAGUAGAGAUGGCCCUGCACAGCGGGGGCAGCUUCGGGGACCUCAGCGCACCGGAUGAUUGCCCCAUGAUUGACUCCACUGUUUCCGCUGGGGGACAGCGGGCUGGGGUGGGGCUUCAGUUGAGAAAAGCUGUGGGUCAUGUUGGCGCGGUCACCAUCAAGCUGGAGAACAUCAAGAAGGAAAGGCUGAAGACAGUGAGGGACUCCUGCCCCUGGAUCAACUCUGCCCCCCAACCACCGCAGGGCCAACGCAGCAGCAUGAAGCUGCCUCCCAUACCUGCAGUCGGUUCCCUGCUGGAAAGCUCCAACACGAUCAGUAACUCGAGUGGUUUGUACCCUGGUCAACGCGUUGGCGACCUGUCUUCAUCUGAAGUAACACUGCUGAACCAGCUGAAUGAGCGCCGUGACAGCACCACCAGCACCAUGAGUUCAGCUUACACCAUGAGUCGACGCUCCUCCGGUAUUUCACCCUGCUACUCCAGCCGCCGCUCCAGUGAGGCGUCGCAGUUUGGUACUAACCGCCAUAACAAUAUUAGUUCGGCUGACUCCUAUGACCCAAUCUCCACUGAUCUGUCUCGGCGCUCCAGCGAGUCUAGCCACUGUGGAGGUGGUGGUGUCGGUGGAGGUGGUCUACCCAGCGCCCUUAGUCUGACACCAGCGCAGCAUUAUCGACUUAAAGCAAAGUAUGCUGCUGCCAUUGGUGGAGCUCCACCUACUCCUCUCCCCAAUAUGGAUCGGAUGAGCCUAAGGACACGCAUGGCACUCUAUGGUGACCCCCAGGAAGGCACGCUGCACCCAUUCCAUCAGCCAGAUUUUGGAACUGUGCCUCGGCGAUGCAGUGAUAUUGGAUAUGGCACACGGAGCAUGAUGCCCCACGAAGUACCCACCAGUUUUCCACGUCGUGCCAGUGAUCCAGUGCGCCGUCCCACUUUGGACCCUCUGUCCUUUCCAAGGGUUCAGCGCUAUAACAGCAUGAACAGCAUGAACCCUGUGAAUGGUCCACCAGCUGAACGCCACCAAGCACUGACUAUGCAGGGCUACACUCGCUCUGAUGGCAGCCUGCAACGCUACCCAUUUGCCCCCAGACCUCCAAGCAUUUCUGAGAAUGUAGCAAUGGAAAACAUGGCUGUGGAUGGUAUGAUAAUUGGGGGGGAGCAGGGUGGAGAGGAUGACAUGGUGCUUCCAGAUGAUGUUGUGCAGUACCUUAGGUCCCAGAAUUCUGGCCCUUCAGGUCACAACUUGGGGCAAGGCGAUUUCCAUUCGAACAAUCUGGCUAAGGGCUAUCAGACAGGCAUGAUGCCAUCAGCAUCAUUUUAUGCUCAGAGGAGAAUGGCCAUGACGGAUGCCAACAUGACUCAGUCUGGUCAGGACAUGCAAUCCCACCAGAUGGGUCCCGGUGGCUCCCAUCAACCCUUCUCAGCACAACCAGGCAAUAUGAACAAGAAUAACAUGCCGGUGCAAUGGAACGAGGUGAGCUCAGGCACUGUGGAUACCACAAAGAAGCUCUCCAAACAACAACAACAACAACAACAGCAUCCUUUAAGAGGAACCUUGGUUGUUCAGCCAAGGCAUAAUUUGGGAUCCUUCCAGGGACAAGGUCAGGGCCUGGGCAGCAAUCAACAGGUAGUGCCUAUGAGUCAGAACAUGUCUAUACAGGGGUACGCAAACCACAACAGCCAGAGGGUGAUGAGCCUCCCCCCCCAGCAGCAUCAGCAACUAAGGGAUUGCAACCCUGCGAACAUUAGUGAGCAAAUGAGUCCUCAGCAAGGGUUUGGCCAGGAGAUAAUCCCAAAUUCUAUAUCUGGGAGCACGAGCGUGAGACCUAUCCGGAACAAUAUGGCAGUUACAGAACUGCACAGUUACAGAGCAAGGACACAGGCGGAUGCGUAUUGUCAUGUGAACCAGGUGGAUCAGCAGCAAAAUUACAAUGUUGUCCCUCAACAGCACAAUAUCCAUAAUGGAGGCAGAGGAAUGUUACAACCCAGGCCUCCCAUGGAGCCCAAGGCUAUUGCCAGGCAACAUGGGUCUAGCGUGAUGCAACCAAACCGAAUACCCAAGUCAUCUGAUUUGAACCGCAGAGUUGGUACUGACACAUCAGAGGCGAGCCCAAAGAGGCCCACUGGCUCAUCAGCCCACAACAGCAACUCUGCAAAUCCAAACUCUGCUAUGCUCUACUCGGGUCAGGUUCAUAUGUUUGAGCCCACUUCGGUCAGCUUUGAUGUCCCCAUGCCCCCGAGUGCUAGUCAUGCUCCGGCCAGCAACACCACUGCUGCAGACAACAUGGCCUCACCAGGAGUCAACCACGUCUCCAGCAGUACUGUGGAUUCUUCCACAAGUGCAUCGGCUGGCACGGAGCAUGCCCAGAUUGACUUUGACACCCUGCUAGAUGAUGGGGACCACUCCAGCCUAAUGUCGGGCACCCUGAGUCCUGGCCUCCUGCAGAGCCUCUCAAGGAGUUCCUCCCGUCUCACCACCCCCCGUAACUCUGUCACCCUCACGUCUGUACCUGCAGGGAUUGGCAACAUGGCCAUUGGCGAUAUGAACUCUAUGCUCACAGCCUUGGCUGAAGAAAACAAGUUCCUCAACAUGAUAAGCUGAGAGCAAUUAAACAGCUUCUCAUACAUCCAGUCUUAACUCUUUUUAUACCCGGAAUAUAUGGACGACACAAAGCACUGAUUGAAUAAUGCAAUUCUGGCUAUUUCUCGAUUGUCCAUAGCAAUAUGCUUGUCUUGUAAUAUUUACUUCAGAUUACAAUAUGUUACUUUGAAAAACAUAAUAGUAGGUAUAGCAAGGCUUUAGUAUAAUGUCUAUAAGUAUCUGUUUAAAAAGCCAUACAUUUUACCUACAACUAUAUGGGUACCUAACAAACCGUUGCCAUUCAGUAUCUGUCACUGUAAUAGCUCUUUACAAAGUGUUUGUGUAUGACAUGAAAAAAGAGUUGCCAGGAAAUGGACAUGCAGAUAACAGUGAAUAUUGUCUCAUGAGGAUGUGUAUAGAUUAUGUUGGAUGGUACUUAAGUUAUGGUAUCAAGUUUUUAUGCUUAAACUAGGGCUGUCAAAGGUAAAGUAUCAUAUGGACGUCUACUAUAUAAUCACAUCGAUAAUUAAUGUAUUUUAAACUAGAUUUUCUUUUGAACCUUUUUUUUUUACAUAAGAAUAGUGUCGCCAGGCUGAACUAUCAUUACAAUAUUAAUAAGUGAAGAGUGCAGCAGAAACCAGACACACACACUGUAAGAAAUUAAAGAGCGGAAGUUUUAUGCAAUAAGUUUUACAACUCUUAUCAAUUUGUACAAUCUUUUCUGCAAGGACAUUAUCAAAGACCCAACGUUUCUUAUAGGAGACAUAUCAUUCUCAUUUUAGGACUCCUUUUUACACCUUAAGAUGUUCAGAUGCUUUAAUGUUAAAAAAAAGCAUAUCCUUUGUAUUGUCUGUGUGAAUAUCCGUGUAUUCACCUUCUGGAUGAAAUAUUCCGUUUGAAGCGCCUGUCUCUUUAAGACGCCCCUCCUAAACAAGACCGGUCUUAGCGCAAGUACAGCGUUAUGUUGGCCCUGGUCGUGAAAAAGGUCUAUUUCCAAAUUAUUUGGCCAAACCCCCAGCUUUUUCCCUAUUCUUCCUGGGAAAUGGUCUUCAGAUGUGAAAUGCAUCAAUUUGGUUAUUGUGCCUUCUAAGCCUGGGACGCCAUGUAGAGAAUUAUGCAGAACUGUGCAGCAGACUACAGUGCAUUUUGAGGGUUGAGUGCUUUGGCGUGUUGGGGAGAUGUGGUGGGGGGUGGUCCAAAGCCAUGUAAGGUACGCCCCUUUGGUCUGACGACGUCAGCAAACUCUGGAACGUCCAAACAGGUCGUAUUUAUUGGCAUUAGUUCAUUAUAGGAAUCAUAGAAAAACAUUUAAGUUGUUUUUUUUCCAGUGUUUGGAGGUUGGUACACAUGCCACACAUGUUGAAGACCUAUCAAAGUGGAAUUUUCAUGAUAUGACCUCUUUAAAGCGAUGAUGUUAAUGAACAGAAAGCACCCAGAAAGAAAAUAUACAUGUACAAGUUGAUACAUAACUACUUGUAUUCAUGCUCUUAAUUCAAUCUUGCAGCAGAACAAACAAGCAAAGACUUGGGCACAACUUGUUUUUUUUAUUGCUGAGUUUCAAUUACUCAUAAUAAAGGUUGAAUGGGAUUCUGCAACUGUGCAUUUGCUUUCAUUAAACAGUUAAAAUAACCUUUCACGAAAUUCAAUGCUUAAUUUAUACAAUCGAACAAGGAAGUUAUGACUAAUUGUGAGCCACAAAGAUUAGCAUUUGACAGCCCUAAUUUGAACCUGCGGUUUUACACCAUUAUGAUCCACAGAUGGAACUGGUUUUGAUGGCCUGAGCUCUUGGGGGUGGCACUAUAAAAUCAGAUUCCUUCUGUGCCCUGUGGAUCAGACGCAUUAACUCUCAGUGGUCCCAUCUCACAAGGGUAGAUGAACAGGACAAGCAAAUUCCUCUGUGUAGUGUAUGAGUGCAUAUGAACCCUUGUGUCUGAAGAGUAUUCUCAAAAAGAAUAUACAAGUACCUCUGUUUUCUCAGUAGUGAUUCAAUCCUAAUUAACACAUUGAUACCCCUCCCCCCCCUUCGCUGCACCACAUACUUCCCCUGGGCUUUGGGUGAACUGCAGAGUCCAGGGAGGACUGAGACUUUGAUAAAGUCAUCCAGUUCUGGACCGGAUUGGGGAACCCGUCCUGGAAGAAAUUCCUCAGUUUUAUUAUAUUCGCUGAAUUUAUACGUAGCCUUGAAAAUGUUUUUGUGUACGCUCCAAUUCAGUUUUUUUGUGUGUAUGUUGGUGUGUGUGUGUGUGUGUGUGUG